AUCAAAAUACUAAUACCGAUCUAGACCAGCUUAGGUAUUCUUUUAAUGUUUUCAUUUCUCGUUAAUUGUAUAAUACAUAAAUUACAUCACGUAUUAUCCAAUGUAUCAACAAAUCAUCGAGCUUUGAGAAGUAACUUUUAAGUAUUAUAAUAAUUAAACGUUGACAAAGGAUACUCAUUUAUUGGACAAGGCUAAUGACCUUACGCGGCAUUUUCAAAACUAUUCACUUUAAUGUGAUAUGUUUAAUGUGCGUAUUUUUACAUAGAAAAACAGUGUUUAUCAAGCACGCACGCUGAGCGCACGUUACACUGAGGAUAAAAUUGAAAGUAAUCUUGUUUCAAAAAUGGUUCCUAUUAUUAUCGUUCAUGGAGGAGCUGGGGACAUUCCUGACGGCAGGGUGAAAGGCAAACUUGAUGGAAUGAAGGUAGCUGUAACGGCGGGACACAAGAUUCUUAUGAAAGGAGGCAGUGCUUUGGAUGCCGUGGAAGCGGCUGUUGUUGCUAUGGAGAAAGAUGAAAAUUUUAAUGCUGGUUAUGGAUCUGUUUUAACUUUGCGAGGAGAAGUAGAAAUGGAAGCUAGUAUCAUGCGUGGACAAGAUUUGAAUGUAGGUGGAGUUACGCUCGUCAAGGAAUUCCUUCAUCCUAUCAGUAUUGCUCAUAAAGUACUAACGGAUUCACCACAUUCUCUUUUAGGAGGAGAGGGGGCGAAAUUAUUUGCUCUAGAAAAGGGGUUUAAGCCAAUUCCUCCAGAAUCAUUGAUUAGUGAAAAUGCAAAACGAGCUUUGGAAAGGUUUUUGAAGCAUGGUGAUGUUGGGAGGACAGAAAUAGGUCCCAAAGAUGAGGGUGGAGUGGGGACCGUUGGUGCUGUAGCUAUAGAUUCUCAAGGGCAUAUUGCAGCCGCCACAAGUACAGGUGGUAUGAGCGGAAAAGCUGUUGGCAGAAUAGGGGACACACCUCAGAUUGGUAGUGGAACCUAUGCCGACGAUCAUAUUGGCGGCGUUUCAACCACGGGACAUGGGGAAUCGAUACUGAAAUAUUGCUUGGCCCACAGCAUUAUUAAACUCAUGGAGAAUGGUACCGAUGCAAGCACUGCUACGACUAUGGCAGUAAAUGGAAUGACCUCUCGGCUACAUAAUACUGCAGGUGCGAUCACGUUGUCAAAGAAUGGCGAGGUUGGCGUUCAUUUCAGCUCAAACAGAAUGUCUUGGGCGUACAUCAGAGAUGGGCAAAUAAUUUACGGCAUCAAUCCAGGCGACAAUUUUUGUGAGACAUAUGAGCCUGAGCAGUAAGAACUGAUAAUUCAAUGCAUAUAUUGCAUUUGUUGCUUUAGCACUAAUGUUUAUGCAAGGCUGAAUAAUGUUUUAUUUACAACAUAUAAUACAAAAAAAAUCUUUUAGUAGUUACAUAUUUUAAUAUGUGUUAUAUCUAUAAAUGUACUUUAAAAUCUGAUCAUGAAAAUAUACUAUAA